CAAGAGCAACUCUCAGUUUGAAAUCGACCAUUGAAAGCUGCAAACCAUGGUGCUUUAUAGUUACGCUGUCUGUCUGUUUCUAGCAGCACUUGCAACGGCUGAACAAGAAGAUCUAACCAGCAAUCUCUCGGCGGAUUUGAAUGCCGUACGUUUAAAGGAUGUUCAGAUACAGUUAGUGCAACUUAAUGACAAACUGAACACGCUCAACUCGCAAAUGGCAACGCUAAUGGAACAAUCUUGCGAUCGUAAAACAGUGAUAACCGAUUGUAGUGAAGUAAGCUCCAAAGAAUCCGGUGUUUUCCCGCUGCGAAUUUGUGCCGAGCCAACCUACAACGUGUACUGUAACCAAACGUUCGAGGAUGGUGGCUGGAUGGUGAUCUACAAUCGAAACGAUGGACGGGAUGGCACAUUUAACCAAACGUGGGAAGCGUACAAACGAGGCUUCGGUCAUCCAAAUGGUGAACAUUUCAUCGGGCUCAAUCGUUUACACUCGAUCACGUACGGUUCGUCGUACGAGAUCGCAUUUCUCUUGACAACGAAUGGUGUGGAACAGGUCGGCGUAUACGAUCACUUCGAGGUCGAUAAUGAACGGGAUUACUAUCCGAUUAGAAAGAUCGGUUCCGCAAGAGGCAAUUUGCGACUUUUUCGCGACAACAUAAAUCUUUAUAUGUUUCAAACGUACGAUAGAAACAAUUUGCAUCAACUAGCACGCGACACAAUGAUCGAGGAGGAUUGUGCAUUUUGGUUCGUUGAUAUGCCGCAUGCCCAUGCUAGUGCUGAGUUCAAAGAUUUCUGUACUAAUUUACGUAGAUUAAAAAUCAUGAUAAGAAAGCGUUCAGGUACGGCUUAGCUAAUUCAAUAAUGUAUAUGGAAUAGAAGACAUGAAUUUCUGUGGAGUUCAACAUGUAAAUCAAAUGUUCUCUAUAUAUUAUAAAGAAAUAAAAAAAAAUCCUAUCAAUGUA